AAAUGGUUGCGGUGGCAACUGGUCGUGGUAAUGGUUAGGUAAAGAAGAAUGGCACUUGCUGGUUUUUGAUUCGUCAAUAGUGCAAUGCAGCUAUGGAGUUAAAGGAUAAUUUAAUAAAGUACAACUUUAAUGAUAAAGAUUGGCCAACACCGGGUGAAGCCGUCGUAACAACUAAUGACGAAACAAGUGUUGAAUGUGCAAGUGCUAAACCUUCAUUGCAAGCCAGUAUUAUCAAUAAGGGGGGAGAGAUCGAUUCAUCUGUAACAAACACUACGACAACAACUCAAGGAGCUAAGAAAGGUUCCAAAAACAAAUGGAGACCUUUGGAAUUAGAAGUACCAACCAGUAAGCCUGAAAGACGACCACGACCUUCGAGGAACCACAGAAAAGAUUCUAUCAACUUAGAUAACUCACAAUCAUCAGAAGUUCCAAAUGGCGGAGCUACCAGCAGCAAAAAAUAUGGUGAUAACAUGCUUCAAGCUUUAAACAAUAAUAGGAUUAAUACAGUUUCUUCAGCGCCUUCUUCGUCGGACAAAGGAUUUCGUGGAGGUCGUCGAGGACGUGGUAGGGGUAGAGGUGGUCUAUCUUCACAAUCAAAUCCAAGUAACAGUGGGGGAGGUAACAUUGGUCCUGGAUCUAGUGGACCAACACACCGUGGUGGCGGUGGACGCUCAAAUCGUGGCUAUGAUCCAGGUCGCAUUACUCCAAAUCAUGAAGAUUUUCCUGCCGAUAUCGCCUAUUAUGUUGAUUAUUCACCAAUCUCUGAUGCAGCUAUUUCUAAUGAGCCAGAGAUUGAUAUUGGUUUAAUAUCACCUACUUUAGGUCCACCAACACCAGCAGCAGUUGCUGCUGCUUUUGUCUCACCAGCUAUUGUUCCAACUACAACUACUUUUGUGCCUACAGCAGCUUUCUUUUCUCCAUAUGCCGCCGCAGUAACCACUACUGCUUUACAGGACCCUAAUGUGUUAAAGAAGUUGAUAAAAUCGCAAAUUGAAUAUUAUUUUAGUGAAGAAAACUUGCAACGUGAUUUUUUCCUUCGACGUAAAAUGGAUGAAGAAGGCUACCUUCCUAUUUCUCUAAUCGCAUCAUUUCAUCGAGUCAAAGCAUUAACCACUGAGGUAGCAUUGGUCUUGGAUGCUCUGAGAGGAUCAGAUAAAGUCGAAUUUAAUGAAGAUGGAACAAAACUGCGGACAAUCGUUGAUCCUCUUAAAUGGCCGAUUUUUGAUCAAACACAACCUCAAAUUGCCUCGACUGCUUCAUUGGGAACCAAGUUUACUUAUUGAAUUUCGUUAGAACUUGUGUUUCAUCUGGAGAAACUGGACUACUUGGUAAACUGACGCAAUCAUUUCAAUCAAUUGUUCAUUAUUCCCACCUGAGAAAGAGGAUGGCAAAGGAUUAUUGAAAACAAAUUUGUUUUGAUAAACAUAUUAUCUGUUAACACAAUUGUUGAUGAAAUGAAUAUUGGUUCAUCUGAUUCAUUUGGUGAUGGUGGUAAAGCUUUUGUGACUGGAAUCGAUCCAGAUAAUUGUUUACCCGACUUGUUUAUUUUUCAUGUGUCUUUGACGACUCUCUCCAUCUCGUGAGAUUGAUUAUUCAGAAGCAAAAGUUGAGUUUGAGUACGACACUUGAAUUUAUAUAUUUUGAUUGCGUUGCUCAUCAGCUUUUCUAAUAUUUACACGUUUCUCAGACUCUUUUCCACCUUCAUUAUCAUCAUCAUCUCCCUCUACAUCUUCAUUAAUCUCGCCUAGUCUAUGAUUAUUUAUUUUGGUGAUUCAAUUUAGCUUAUUUACUCAUUACUACUACACUGAUGGACUAAAAUAAUGCAAUAAGCAUAUUUCAAUGAUAAUUUCGUUAAAUAAUUCAGUCUAAUUAAAAAUUUGUUAAUAAUUAUAUAAA